CAGGCGGGUCGCCUCGACUCUUCUGGAUUUAUUCUUGUGGGAUUACAGCGGAAGUGUGAGUGUGAAUAAAGUGCUAUGUGUGUGUGAUUGUGUUUAGGCAUCUGAGGCCAUGUUGGAGAAAAAGAAGGACCGAGGUUCAUCCAAGAUCAGCAGCAAGCAGCAGAAGUCUGCAGCCAGCAGAAGCAGCCCAACAUCCAGCAGCAACAUCGAUCCUGCACCAGGCUUUUCUUUGCGCUUGGAGCAUUGUGCCCCUGCUUCAGGGCCACAAGCAAGCCCUCUAAUUGGAGGGCUCCCAGGGACCUCACUGUUGAUCGGACGGCAGGCUUCAUCCUUGCAGCUGGCACAUCUGAAAGCCCAACUUGCAUUGACGCAGAUAAACAACGCUUUUGCUGUUGGUGGCCGAGCUGCAACCUUGACAGCAAACUCCAACACCCUUCUACCGUACAUAUCUACAACACCCCCCUCCCCAACUGCAGCAGCCAUCAGUCUCCUGAACAUUCUGAAGAUUGCUAACACCAUGUCCCAUCCUCUGUAUAACCCCUAUGCCUCUGGGAACCAAAGUUCCUCCCAUGGGCAGUAUGGACACUCCAGUGUACCACCAGAGAGGGACCCUCGGAGGACAUCUUCUCACUUUGGACCUGGGUCCAACUUCAGCUCUUCUGGAGUUUCCUCUGCAACUCCUGCAAACUCUGGUGGAACAAUCCCGUCCCUGCUGUCUCUGCCAGUGACUUACAUCCCUAAACAGAGGAGGCCUGUAUUAGACAAGGAAAUAGAGGGGUCUAUAGACAUGCGUAUUAGCAGAGCCAGGGAGGAGGUGAGGCAUCAGCCUGUCAGUCAGGGCUCUUGCUUUACCGGCACUCAAACAGGCGGGUUUGCUUCCUCCAGCACAGGGGGCAUCUCCUAUCCGAUGCCCUCAGCCUCUCAAGGGCAAAGACAUUCUGAUGAUGAAAGUGGCAGUAGCUCCUUGGACUGGUUACAAGACUACAAAAGGGCCACUGAGGAUGAUUCAUCUAGAUAUUAUUCAACAUCUGCUUCGUGUAGCUUUCCCGGCAGUGACGACAGUAGGUUCAAUGCCUCCAGUGGAAGAGAACGGGGUAUGCAGUCCAUUCCAGGCUUAGGUGACUAUGACUAUCCAGGUCCAGACAAACCUGCCGCCCCAACAGAGUCCAGUCACCCAAAGUACACUUCGGAAUCAGCUGCUAACAUCCUUCUGCACUUUGGACUUGAAAAAGAGGACUUGGAACAUCUAAUUUCUUUCCCUGAAAACCAGAUCACCCCUGACAAUCUGCCUUUCAUCUUGCGCCAAAUCCGUAUCCAGAAGGCCAAAAAAGGUACAACUGCAGAUCAGUCCAAACCCUACCCUGAACCCAAACCCACCACAAGCCAGAGUAGUUCCAGAGGAGCAGGGAUGCACCUGGAUGAAAUGUCAUCAGCUGUUCUUCAGCCAAGUAAAGUCAUUGACUAUGGACAUACGAGCAAAUAUACCGGAGGGGUUGUGGAUGAGAUUGGAAGGACCAGUGACAGCAGAGAAAAUAGUGGUGGCAGUGGAAGUAUGUUCCAGAUGAAUCCUUACAGUAGUGGCAGUCACAAAAGCGGUACCUCGGCUCCUUCACGUGACCCCUGGGGUUCUGGUGCCAGCCUCAGCUCUUCAUACAGUUCUAUGCAGAGCUCUGCAACUCCUCCAAGCAGUGAUCCAACUAAACGGUUGAAGACCCAACAAGACCUGACGUCUCAAACAACCUUCUCUUUUCCUUUGCCAAAGAAAGACACAGAUAUAAGACUUUUCAAGCCUGAAAUAUCCAAUCCCCUACUGACGCAAGAGUCAAGGCCAGAUAAGCAGCCAGUGUCAAAAACCGAACCAUCUGAUACGGUAGUUCGUGGUGGGAAUACGAGCCGACCUGGCAUUCUGCGCUUGGACGGUCAUGACAAGAGUAGCUCUAAGGAUCAGAGUAGCACUAAGGGACAAGGGUUAAAGGUGGCUGAGCAGAUAAAAAAACAGCAGAUGCAGCCGAAGCAGUCGGAGCCACAACCGAAGCAGUCGGGGCAACAACCCAAGCAGCCAGUGCAACAACCCAAGCAGCCGGUGCAACAACCCAAGCAGCCGGUGCAACAACCCAAGCAAUCGGUGCAACAGCAAUCAGUGCAACAGCAACCAGUGAGGCAGCAGAAGCCGGUAUUGCAGAUAGGGCAAAUGUUGCAGCCUCAAGGGUUUCCUGCUGCACGUCCAGUUCCACCACCUUCUUUCAUCCCCAGCAGCUCAAGCACCUCGCACUCCAUUCUACCCCCGGUGUUUGUCGGUGGUCCUCGGCCCUUGGUUGUUCCUCCAGCUCUACCCCAGCCAGUGCCAGGCCUCAUGAACUUCCUUCACAUGCAGAUGCCACCUUCCAGCAACCAGCGUGGAGCAACGGGGGAAGUUUCCAGGAUUCUACCAUCGGCUGCCAUGAUGCAUGACUAUGCUGCAGCCUCUCCGAGAAUAUUUCCACAUACCUGUACUCUGUGUAACAAAGAGUGUUCUCAGAUGAAGGAUUGGAUCUCCCACCAGAAUACGAGCAUUCACCUUGAAAACUGCAAACUUCUCCGAAAACGAUACCCGCAGUGGGAUGGGGAGGUACCGUCAUUGCCAAGAGCUCCAGGGAGCAAUGCCAAGCCCUCACCUUCAUCCUCGGCCCAAACUUACCAAGGUCGUCACCAGAGAAGCGGCCGUGAGAUUCCUUCCCGCUCGCGCAGCAGCCGAUCUCGUUCUCGCUCGUACAGCCCUGUCCGCCAUCACGGCUCUGAGAGUCGAAGGAACCGGCGCAGCAGUCGAUCUCGUUCUCGCUCGUACAGCCCUCGCCGCUAUCACGGGUCAGAAAGUAGGAGAGAGAAACGUAGUCGAUCACGAUCACCGUACAGCUCCAGAUACACUCGCAGGUCUCGCUCUAACUCCCCACGAUAUGACCGAACCACCUCCUCCCGUUACCGAUCACGUUCAAGGAGCCGCGAGAGACGAUCUUCCCCGAGGAGGAGGGAUGAGAAACGUCGUGAGAGACGAUCGUCCUCGGAGAGGUCGUCCCCUCACCGAAAGAGGUCGAGCAGCACAGAGAUGCUGGCGAAGAAACUGCUGCAGACAACAGCUGUCCAGUCUCUGUCGAGUCAGUCGGACCUGGAGACUGUGGUUAAAACUCUGGCUCCUGCCUUACUGGCUGAGCUGGCCAAGAUGAAGUCAUCAUCAUCCUCUGCUGCCUCUUCAUCAUCAUCCUCCAAUGCGGCAAAGAAGGAGUCAACCGCAAAGAAAGCGAAGUCGAGUCUUCAGAAGAGCGAAGUAAAUGAAAAUUUACCUCCAAAUGAGGUGAAGCUACAAGGAGUUCGUACGAGUCUGUCUCACGGUGACGUGGUCGCUGCAGUGGAGCAGUUUGGAAAAACCAAAUCAGUUGUGUUGUUUCGCUCCAAAGUGGAGGCGAUAGUGCGUUUUGAGAAAGCCGAAGACGCCGAGAAACUGAGGAGCUUCAAUAGCAUCAACAUAAAAGGGAUGCCAGUGACUAUCGUCAGAGAGGAGAAAGCUGCUCCUCUUCCAACUUCUGCAAAGGAACCAACGAAGCCUCCUGAGCAAAAAUCUUCGAAGUCCACUCAAAGCACAAAAUCCACCAACGUUGGAAAAUCUUCAUCUCUGCCUUCUGCAGCCAACAAACCUAAAACAGGCAAACUGGUCGCAAAGGCAAAAGUUUUGGUUUCCAAAGCCAAAAAUCAACCAACCAAGCAAACUGUCAAAAAGACAAAAACAGGCAAAGUGACUGCAAAAGGAGCUGUGAAAUCUGUUGAUGUAAGAAAAGGAGCUUCAAAAGUUGUAGGAUCCAACAAGCUCAAGAAACCAGUAAAGAAACCUGAUGCUGGUGUUUCUAAGAAAGAACCUGAACCUAAAACAAGUGAAACCAGUGCUAAAGAAUCUGUGGUGGCAAAGGAUGGUGAAACAAACAAUGCAGCAGCUUCUGCAGUGAAGCCUGUGGCAGAACUUAACAAACCUGUUGCUGAAGCAAAAGAGGUUAAAAGUAGUGAAUCAUUGGAGCUCGGAGAAACUGGAGUGGUGGAACCCAUGGAGGUUGUCAGUUCUGCUGAAGGUGAAGGUGAAAAAGUGACGGAUACAAAGCCCUUACCAACCAAAUCCAGUGAGACUCAUCCACCAACGUCUACGGUUCAGACCACAUCCAGUGCGUCUUCACCUAAACCUCCAACUGAUCAACCUGAGAAACCACAGCCAACCGUUACAACUCCAGAAACUUCCAUCAAAGCUCCAUUGCAGGUCCAACAAGACACCAAACCAGAUCCAAAAUCCCCUGCACCAGUGCUGGAGACCAAGACAGAGGCCUUGCAACCCCAGCAGCAGACGACAACAGGUUCAGCCAAAGAGGUGGAGACCAAAACAAAUGACAAAGAUGCUGUGACGACACAAAAGGAUGCAGCACCAACAAUCAGUGUUUCGUCAUCAUCGACUGAAGCAGCAGCGUCUUCUUCACCUCCUGUUGCCAAGCUGACUAUCGGGGACGAGAUAGAAAAACAUCUGCUUAAAGAAAGAAUCCCGAUUCUGAAGAUGGUCAAAUUGUCGAACGUUAAGCUCUUUAAACUCGAUUACAGGGUGUUGUUAAUUAGCAACCUGCCGGAGUAUCAGGACGGCUGCUACACAGAGCAGGACGUCGCCGAUCUGCUCGUCCCGUUUGGAUUUCAUUAUCAUGAAGACUCCAUCUAUGUUAUUCCUCAGACACGCAUGGCUUUUGCCAUGAUGCCAACUGUACAGGAGCUGAAAAACAUUAUGAGGCCAUCACAAAAGAAGGACAUUUUUCUCCACGGCUCUAAAAUCUCUGUGGAGGUCAUGAAACAAUACAUAUUAUUUGAACCGAUUGACUUUUAUAAAUCUCUGAUGAAACUGAUGCGUUCUCAGCCGGUGUUUGAUAAUGGAACUAGGACAGUCUUCAUCAGGAACAUCUCCCAAAGCCAGGCCAAGGAUCUCAGGGAAGCGUUGAAAAAAAUCGGUUCCGUUAGAAACUUCCUGCCUGUUCUAAACAAGGUGUUUGUCGAAUUUGAUUCCAUUCGUGAUGCCGAUCGCCUGGGAGUUUGGUUCAGCCUCCUGAACCAGACCCGUAACUACAGCCUGCUCCGGCUGGAAGUACCGCGAAGCGCAAUCACAGCACUACCGCCCAGACUGGCAGCGAAUGCCGUGCCCGACAGCAAGGACAUUGUUGCCGGAGCAACCGUCCCAACAACAAGAUCUGGAGUGCCUCAGGGCAGUACGGCGCCGUUCUGGGUCACGAUGAGAACCGGUCCCUUUGUGUUUCCGACCACGUCUCCGUGGUUCAUCAUCCCAGAUUAUCAGACCGUCGAUGUGGCACAGGACGUCGGGAUCUGCUCCAGUAAAGGUAUGAAGUUCUACACACUCAUGCUGACGGGUUUGCCAGAAGGAAACUACACCCAAGAGGACGUGGCAAAGCUGGUGUGGCGUUACUUCCCCAGGCAGAACCUCCACUGGCUGUACUACAACGUGACGGUGCUGACGCUGCAGAGGAGGGCCUUUGUAUAUUUCAGCGGCUGGCGAAAGUGCCGUGAAUUCAUCCGAGAUCACAUCAAAAGUCCUGUUUCUGUGACCGACUGUACGCUGAAAGUCCACAUAGUCCUGGAGGACAUACAUCAUGGAUCCAGUGAGGAGGUCAUGUACAGAAAUCUGAUGAAGUGGAGCAACGCCCACGUUCCAGAGCUGGAGUCUCUGGAGGACCGACUGCUGUGUGUGGAGAUCUCUGAGACCACCAUGGACCUCAUCAUGCUGGUCAUGCACGUGGUUUCAUCCAUCGCUUCUUUCAUCAGCUUCCUGCCGCUCGCCAACCGGGUUCUCAUUGAGAUGUCUGAACCCAGUGGAGUAACAAAGGUGGUGGAGUCGGCCUCACAGCACCAUUUGACUGCAGUGGAAACUUGGAGUAAAGUUCAACGUAUCGAAACGUUGAAGAGCCUGAAACAGCGUUUACAAGACUCCAGUGAGGUCAUCAUAAACCUUGGCCUGGAUGCCACAGACGUCAGUUCCAGUCUUCCGGCGGUGACUUGUGAAGCUCAGCCUCCUCCUUCAAACCCUGAUUCUGCUGAAGCAGCUGUUGGAUCUGAAUCCAUCACAGCAGCACCAGCAGACGUAGAAAUGAAGGACAGCGUAGAGAAACCAUCUGCUCAGGUCACCGUGGACUCCAGGAUUCCUCCUAAGGAUGUGGAGAAAGAAGUGAAGACAAGUGAAAAUAAACCAAGAUCAGAAGUCUCCGUGGACUCCAAGAUUCCUCCUAAAGAUGUGCAGAAGAAGAGCGAACAGAAACCAGCUUCUGAGGUCACUGUGGACUCCAGGAUUUCUCUUCAGGAUUUGGAGAAGAGCAAAAAGAAUCCAUCUGCUGAGGUCAGUGUAGACUCCAGGAUUCCUCCUAAAGAUGUGGAGAAAGAAGUGAAGACAAGUGAAAAUAAACCAAGAUCAGAAGUCUCCGUGGACUCCAGGAUUCCUCCUGAGAACAUUGAGCAAGAAGAAGUGAAGAAGAGUGAAGAGAAACCAGCUUCUCAGGUCACUGUGGACUCCAAGAUUCCUCCUGAGAAGAUGGAUGAAGUAGAAGUGAAGGACGAGGCUUCAGCAGCAGCUUCAGUCUGUUCUGCUGAUGCAAACACCGUCGCUGCUGCUUCCAGCUCUGAUCCUUCAGCCACCAGGGAGGUGAAGACCGAGGAGGCAGAACUUCCUACCAUCAACGAGGACGUUUUCAAGGUGAUCGCAGCAGCAGUCCGUCAGCACCGACUGGCUCUAAGAGGCGGGACGCCGAGCGAAGACAGAGAGGUCCAGAGUUCCAGCAGAAACAGCACAAGCUCCAGAAGUGUAAAAAGUAAAGAAGCGACACAAGAAAAGGAUCCGACUGAUUUCACAGCCAGCGUUGAUUCUUCAGACUUCUUUUCAUUGGAGGAGCAGACUUUUAACUUGGAGGACUUUGUCACCGUUGAUGAAAUCGUCGACGAUGACCAAAGCUCCUCUUCAUCGAGGCGGACCUCCAGAGACAGACAAGGACAAGAAAGCUCCGACGCUGCCAAACAGGCCUCAACCAGGUCCUCUAAAGACUCCAAGAGCUCAGCCUCUUCGUCCUCCCCUUCGUCCAAGCCCACUAAAGCCUCCGUGAGAAGCAGCUCGUCUUCCAGCUCGAAGUCUGCGUCGCCAAAGAGGCACCAAGACUCAUCAGAGCCCAGCAGAUCCCACAUCAAACCCUCUGCUGCUGGUAGAACCUCAGCUGAACCUCCGGCCUCCUCCGGUCACAGAGCUCAGCCGAGAAGCACCAAGUCUCCAGCCAGAGCGUCGCAGUCUUCAUCCUCAGGCUGCCGGACGCGAUCGGCAAAGACGGCAGCAGGAAGUCAUCAGUCGCACAGAGAAGAAGAAAAACCCACCGAGAGCGCAGCGGCAAAGUCUGACCACCAGGUGUCAGCAGAGAGCGCUGCUGCAAAAACUGUGGAGUCAGAGACGGAAACAGAAGCUUCAUCAGAGAUGCUUCCUCCUGCACAGAGACAGGACUCAGAGGUGACGAAUCGAACACGGAGUCUGCAGACCGAUCUGAAGAACGAGUCGCUCAAAGAGGUGAAGAUGAGCAAAGAAAGGAAAAAGGAGGAAGCUGACAAACACACAGAGGAGCAGGAGGAGGAAGAAGAAGAAGAUUACCAAAUCCUGGAUUCAGUGGAUGAGCAAACAGACGAACAGACGACUGAAGAGAAUCCAGAUGAAGCUCAGUCAGAGCAGAGACUGGAUGAUGGAGGCCAGCAGGUCCUGGACAGGGUGGAGAAAGAAGGUGGAGCUCCUCCAGAAGAAGGAAAUGCUUCUGUCCGAGUGCUGGAGAGCAUCACCGAAGACCAAGAAGCGGCAGUUCAAGAUGACCAACGUCUGAUGGAAGUGAAACAGCCGACGGAGAAAAACCCGAGCAGAGCAGUGGACGGCUCUGAUAAAUCUGCUGCUGAAGAUUCAGCCGAUCAGAAUCAAGACACAAAAAGCAGGAAAUCUCCGAGGAGCAGGGGAAGGAGGACCAAAGACAAAGAAAUGCCUUCAGAAGAAUCCUGCAAAGCCUCCAAAGAUGCAGGUCGAAGCCCAGACAGUGAAGAAAAGCCUCCUGAAGGCCGAGACGACAAAGACGCUUCAACAGAUGUUUCUGAACAAGGAACCUUUGAGAUUCUGGAUUCAGUGGAAGAUCAAACCAGGACAGAAGGAGACGACCAGAAACCUACAGCAGACACGACCACAGAAGAAGAUUUGUUCCAGGUAAUCGAUUCUGUGGAAGAUCAGCCAGAGAUGGAGUCAGAGAGCAACAACAAGGAGAGAAGAACCAAGAGAGGAGAAGCAGCAGCUAAAAGAGACGACAGACCAACCAGGAGGACCCUGAGGACCAGAACAUCUCAGAGUGAAGACAAAGAGAAAUCACCAAAGAAAGCAGACAGGACGGUCAGAAAACACGAGACUCGAACAAAGGACAGCGCUGCAGGAAAAGACAAGAAGGAGGACGAGGUGGAGACGCUCAAAAAGAUGGUAGAUUCUGUCGACGGAGCCUCCACCACAGAAAGGUCUGGUAGAAGAAGGACCACCAGAGGAAACAAAGAGGAGAAAAAGACGUCGAGUCACUCAGAAGCCACCGAAAACCCCAACGAGGAAGAAGAGAUCAUGUACGAGAUUUUAGACUCCGUGGAGGACGAGGCCGCCGUCGACGAACCCACCGUCAGCACGAGAUCCACCAGAGGACGAAGCCAAAGAACGAGCAGGAAAGAAGCUUCGAACCCAACAAAAGACGACACCAGAAGGAGACGAACACCAGCCAGAGAUUCACAGAAACCAAACGAGGAGAAAGCAGCUGCAAAAGAGAGAACACCAAUGAAGAAGAGCGGCGCAGGGGAGGAGGAGGCCACCUAUGAAACAUUGGACUCUGUGGAGGACGAUCAGCCACUAACUGGAGGAAAACCACGAAGGGGACGACCAAAGAAAGACGUUAAAACAGCGAAAAAACCCAACAAAGCAGCCAAAGAAGAAGAAGCCACUUAUCAGGUUCUGGACUCUGUCGGGGACGAAACAGUUGAAGAUCAGCAUCACACAGAAGAAUCCAAGAGUCCCAGAAAGUCAACAGUUUGUGAAGAUGACAGCAGAAACACAAAGAAAAGCUCAGCAUCAAUGAUGGACGAGGAGGAGGAAGAGCCGAUGUACCAGAUCGUAGAUUCUCUGGAAGAUGAUCAAGAAGAGAAGACGAACACAGAAGAGUCGGACGGACGGACGACGGAAAGAAGUUGGACUAAAGAUGAAGAUCCUGCAGCAGAAACAGGAGACCUAGAACCUGGAGGAACCUCAACAGCAGAACCAGUGGAGGAGAACCUGCAGCAGACAGCCGAGCUUCAUCCAGCUGCUGCAGAAAACAAGGAACAGAGUCCAGAACCAGACGAAGCACCAACCGAGAACAAACAGGAAGCGGCUGCAGAAAGCUCUCUGAACCUGGACGAAGUGAGCGAAGAGGAGGAGGAUUACCCCGACGACGGCACCGAGGAAGAGGAGCUGAAGAAGAAGAAGCAAGCUGCCGUCGCCAUGACGACCAGGAUGGAGGCCGACGGCCAGCAGCUGCUGACUCUGGAUGAGGUGGGAGGAGACGGAGACGGGCGGCGUCCGGAGAUCACGGAGGGAGAGCUGCAGGAACUCGUCACUCUGGACGAGAUCUGCGAAGAAGAGGAGGGAAAGGCGGAGCUUAGCGUGCCAGAGCCCCGCCCUCUCAACCAGGAGAGCCAAUCAGAGGCCUCCUCAAACCCACAGGCUGCAGAUGAAGAACAAGAGAAAACCUCAAAAUAUGUUAAGCAGAAACACGAAGAUGACGACAGCAGCACAGUUCUGGAGCAAAGCGUGAACUUUGUGACGGUGGAUGAGGUGGGAGACGCCAAAGACGAGGAGAAGGAGGAGGAGAAGGAGGCGCCGACACCCAGGACCAGAGGCCGAGCCAAGAAGAGGAGCAGACAGAGCGCCGUGAGAAAAUCCACCAGAGGGAAGACGGAGACACCAGAAGAAGAAGGAAGCAUGGAUUCUUCUGCAGCUCAGAGCGACGAGCUGUUGAUCCAGAGGACGGAGGUGGAAGCAGCGAGUGGAGCCCAGGAGGAGGCUGCCUCUGCUGGGCAGCAGCUGGAAGGACGUCUGGAGGAGAAGGAGGGACGGAGCACCGACGCCGACAACAAACGCAGGAAGCAGCUGAUCGGACCUGAAGCUAAGAAACCUCGAUGUCAGUCUCCUGGUGGAGAAUUCAGUCUGCCUCCAUUCAGCAGCAGCCCCCUGGGUGUGGAGUUUGUGGUUCCUAAGUCGGGUUUUUUCUGUGAGCUGUGUUCUGUUUUCUACCUGAACGAGAUCAGCGCCAAGGAGACGCACUGCAGCAGCCAGAGACACUACCACAACCUGGAGAAACAUUACCAGAAGCUCAAACAGAAACUUUCAGGAACAGAAAACCCUCAAAGUUCUGACUGAUGAUCUUUAACUGGAGGAGAAAAAAACCCCCGGAGAGAACAAACCUGCUGCUGCUCCAGGUGUGUUCUGAGCCACAUGAAGACCAUCCUCUGGUUUGUUCUGGGUUUUAGGAUGCCUGAAUUAAAAAAACAACGAGCUGAAGUGUGAAAACGGACUUCAUCAAUAAAUAUUAAAACCUGCAGCAACGAGGAAACUACAAACUAAAUGUUUCAGCUUUGCUGGCUGCAGGUUUUAUCUCCAAGUGCAUCAUGAAUUUGAGCUAAAUUUUAGACUUGACGGUUGUGCAGCAGAACACUAUCAGAGGGCGCUGUUGGUCCAGAGAAGCACCGGGGCUGAUGGGAAAUGUAGGAAACGCCGUAUUUCUGCUGUGAAUGGGAGCCUGUUGGCAAACGAAACGAAGAAUUUAAGACGCUUUAUUCACAAAACUAAUGAUUGAAAUUCUUCAUCUUUCAGUCCACAGUAAUGUGCAGGAGACUAAGGAGCCGUUUUUAUGUCCUGAUUGUGUUUUUAUUUCUAUAAAAUCUCCAGUUUUGACAUCGAUUAAAUCUGUAAUCCCCCGUUAGAAUCUUAUUGUUGCUUUAGUUCUUUUAACUUGUAGUAAAAUCAGUAAAACGGGUCCAACGUGUUGAAUCGACUGUUUGCUUUUGUUCCAAAAAUCCAAUAAAACCUGAGUGUGUUUUAAA